AGGUCGGACGUACAGCUCCUGGGACACGUGAAGCGAAGUUAACAGAGGAGCACAAGAUUCUAUUUUGUUUUGUUGAGUGUCAUCCUGCAGGUUCUCCACUGGCAAAAAAAGCAAGAUGCUGCUGAUGUUUAGAAAAGCUGUCGCCGCAGGAGGCAGGACAUAUCAGCAAUGCAGGUUGUUUUCUUUGUCGUGCUCCUCAAGGAGUGAUAGAAAAGGUCUUGUUCUUGGUGUUUAUGACAAAGAAAAAGAUGAAAACAGCUUAAAAUUUACAGAAGCAGGAGAGGCGUUUGAUAGGUCUGUCUCAGGAAGGCUUCGUGAGCUCCUAACAGUAUCUGGACCUGCACUGACGCAGGGGAAAAGUCGCGUUUUCCAUGCUGUGCGCCAGGACUUUCCAAGUGUGGCUGUUGUUGGUCUUGGUAAAUCUUCAGCUGCAUUUUGCAGCCAGGAAAACUGGGACAGUAAAAAAGUGAACAUCCGUAAUGCUGUCUCAGUUGGGUGCCGGCAGCUCCAAGAUUUGGAAAUGCCUACAAUUGAAGUGGAUCCUUGUGGCGAUGCCCAGUCAGCUGCAGAAGGAGCUAUAUUAGGUCUUUUUGAAUAUGAUGAAUUGAAGCAGAGAAAGAAAACUGUUGUUGCAGCACAGCUUCAUGGAAGCUCUAACACUGAAUCUUGGCAGAAGGGAGUUCUUUACGCUGAAGGACAAAAUUUUGCCCGAUAUUUAAUGGAAUCGCCAGCAAAUCACAUGACACCAUCAUGCUUUGCAAACAAGAUCCAGCAGAGACUAAAGUCUGUGCCUGAUAAAGUAGAAGUCCACAUCAGGCCAAAGUCUUGGAUAGAAGAUCAACAGAUGGGUUCUUUUCUAAGUGUGUCAAAGGGUUCAGAUGAACCACCUGUGUUUGUUGAGGUUCAUUACAAAGGGGCAACCAAUACAAAGGCUCCACCAUUAGUAUUUGUUGGCAAAGGAAUAACUUUUGACAGUGGUGGAAUUUCCCUGAAGUCUUCUAAAAAUAUGGAUGCAAUGAGAGCAGAUAUGGGAGGAGCAGCCACUGUUUGUUCAUCAAUUGUUACAGCAGCAUCUCUGAAGCUGCCCAUUAAUAUUAUAGGUCUUGCUCCCCUAUGUGAAAAUAUGCCUAGUGGCAAAGCUAAUAAGCCAGGUGAUGUCGUUAGGGCAAAAAAUGGAAAAACAAUCCAGGUUGAUGAUACAGAUGCUGAAGGUCGGCUGAUACUUGCAGAUGCUCUUUGUUAUGCACAUUGUUUCAAUCCCAAGGCCAUUGUCAAUGUUGCAACUUUAACAGGUGCUAUGAUUGCUGCCUUAGGCUCUGCAGCUGCUGGUGUCUUCAGCAACUCAGACUGGCUAUGGGAUCAUCUGAGGGAAGGUAAUGUUGUGACGGGAGACAGAGUUUGGAGAAUGCCUCUUUUUGAACACUAUUCCAGGCAGAUGACAGAAUCACAGCUGGCAGACCUUAACAACAUUGGCAAAGAUCGUGGGUCAGGAGGUGCCUGCACUGCUGCUGCAUUUCUAAAGGAGUUUGUUACAGUUCCUCAUUGGGCACAUGUGGAUAUUGCAGGUGUUAUGACAAACAAGGAUGAGGUGCCCUACCUGCGGAAAGGCAUGACUGGAAGGCCAACAAGGACAUUAGUGGAAUUGGCAGCUCGUCUGAGCAGUGAUUUCAAUUAGGAUUGUAUACGUUUGGCAAUAAUUGAAAUAUAUGGAGAUGUUUUGAAAAUUGUACUGUGAACCUUUAUUACAGAUAAUUGAACAGUUAAUGAUGUAAAAUGUUUUUACUUUAUUCUUUGCAAUGAAACGAAGAAUCUGAAAAUUUUAAUUAUUCCAUAAUAUCAUAUCAAAAUUCACCCAUGUUGAGGGCUUGAUCAAUUUCAGUUUUAGACUUGUCAAACAUUUAUCACUUCUUCCUUUAAUAGUUAGGUGCUAACAUGACAUCAGGACAAGAUGUCCUGUCAUUUUAAUUGACUUUUCUAAACCCUUGAUCAUUAUUUAAAGAAACUAGACAUAUCCCCUAGGAGUUCACAUGCCUUCAUUUAUGCAUUCAUACAUCAGUUUUCCUAGUCUACUUGAUCUAACUCUGAGACAAAAGGAGUCUAACCUGGUGGUAUUCCUCAAAGCAUGCUUAUGACAUUGAGAGUUAGCUAAAUAAACCUGGCUUUAUCUAGCCUAGUCCUAAAAUCAAUUGCUCAGUAGGUUACACUAAUGUAAUAUGUUUCUCAUUAGCUCAAAAUCGGUUUAGGCAAUCCAGGAUUAUGUGUGCACUUGUGAUAUUUAAGCAGCCUCAAAAAAUGAUCAUGGCAUAAAAACAUGCAGAUAGAAGUGUAAGAUCUACAGAUAGAGUGAGUGCCUGUGACUUUAACUGUGAAGCCAGUGCAGUGUACAGUGUAUUAUAGGAAAGCUUGGAAAGUUAGACAUUAGUCACCAAUCAUUCUGUUUAUCUUUUUUUUUUAUUGAUGUCAAGUAGAAGAACAUAUAACCGCAAAGCAGAAGUGUUUUCAUCACCUGAACAAGAUGUAAUACAUGAGUUGUACAAAUCUUUAAUAAAUGAAAAAAGAAAUAUGUCAGCUGUGAAAGAGGCUGUGUGUCAGACUAUAACACACUGAGUAAAUAUCUUAACUACAUUACAGUUCUCAGUUUGUGUACUGGAUAAUUAAAUACUAAUGGUGUUAUUCAAAAUUAAAAGUUACUUUUGAAUUGCCCAUUUGGUUUAUAAACUUAAUAGUUUGUAAAUGUCAUACUUAAAGCAUUGUCAACACUGUAUUCAGUAGCAACGUGAAUGGUGUAACGCACACUUGGCAGCUAGUGAAGAUUUAAUAGAAUGUAUUUCAGAAUGAAUAGAAUAUCACAGCCAAAAAGAAAGUUGCAGUUUCUGGCGCUGGUUUGGGAGGAGGAGAAGGGUCCUUUUUUCAAGCCUUGCUGCUGCUUAACAAUUUGCCCUGGAUCAGAAUAACUGAUGGCACAAUGCAACUGGACAUACCCAUCAGUGUAAUUUUAAAAGGUGCUUGAUUCUGUGGAAUGAUUUUCAGUUUACAUAGCCUCCAGUGGAGCUGGUGGUGCCAUUAUUCAUGCAUGAGUGCAGUCUAUUGCACCUUUCACAUUUGGGAAGUAUAAAGUACAGUGUCUAGUAUGAUUUGAGGUUUAUUUGUAACUAGCUAUGUUCCCUGGUUUUAACCAGGAAACUUUGUAAGACAAUGAGCCUCAGCUACAUAAAGUGCCACUGAUUAAUCAGUUGUAUCAGAGGUGCUAUGUAAUUAAGUGCUUUUCUGUAUACAAUAUUUGUACUUUUUUUUCUUCUUUUCAAAGGACAGGGCAGUGUGGUGUAGUGGUUAAGGCUUUGGACCUCGGAGUUUAUACCCUGAGGUUGUGGGUUCAAAUAUCAUUCUGACUAUGAGCAAGUCACUUCACCUGCCUGUGCUCCAAUUGGAAAAACAAAAGAAAUGUAACAAAUUUGUAUCUCUCUACAUUCUACAUGAGCUCCCACUUCAAUGAGAUUCUCAGUGAAACACACACACACACACACCAUGGUUGAUCGUACAAGGUAUUAAUUUAUGGCAUUUUUUUGCCUUGUUCGUUACAUUCAUAUAAACAUUUGCUGCUACUUAUUGUCUGAAGUUUACUGACCUACAGUUGGUGCUUUCAAAAAUUAAUGAUUUCAACUCCCAACUCCAUGGAGUACACCUACCUGUGUAUAACUAAUUCUUUAUUAGUGUUUGUAUGUGCAUAUAGUGUGGAAUUUUUGUGUGUGUGUGUUAAAGAUAUGACAUAAUUUAAAUGUGAUAUUAUUGGUUAUUGUCAUUUUUCAAUGGACAUUGUAGCUUUUAAUGUUUUACUCUUUUAUAAUGAACAUACCAGAAUAAUUUGACAGCAACAUUAAAUAUGCUUAUAUAAAAAAAAAAAAAGAUUUUCCAAAGUUUUUGUUUUGUGUUGAAUGUGAGUUUGAUGUGCUCUCCAGCCAUAACACUAAGGUGAGCUUCAUGUUUAGCAUGGUAUGGAGCAGCCCAAGAUGUUUAGGUGCUUUGGUUACUGAGUGUGAGUUACCCAAAUUUUCUUUGGAGGAAAUGCAAAAUGGCUGAAGUAAGCCAAACUUGUCAACAUAUAUGAGGCUUGCGCACUUAGCUUGCUUUGUGGAAUACCCCUGGCUGUCAAGAGUUGGAGGCGCAAUGAAAUAACUGUUCCAGGAUUUGUAUUUUUGUUAUUUUAAAAGUAACAUCAUUGUCUAGUGGACUACUAAAGUUGUCACAGAAUAUAACUGUCUUUUUAUCACAAGAAAUCUAUUCACUUUCCAUAUGUAUGUUUUCACAGUAAUCAUAAGAAAUAUCUUUGUGUGUGUUUCAUUCAUACUAAGUCAAAGAAGAGAAUUAUAAUCUGAAUUUACUGAUAACUGUAUAUUCAUUAAUGAAAAACAGCAAUAUUUGCCUCAUCAAAAAAAUUAUGUCUUUCUAGAGAGGAUUGUGUUACCAGAUUUCUGUCCCUUCACUUUUAGUUAUUGUAAUUCCAUUUUAGCAAUGUAAUACUUCAGGGAUGCAGGAACCUUCUCCUGGACUGGGCCUGCUCACCUGGUAAUGGCCCCAAAAGAAGCUACGUGAAGCUGCCAUGUGAGGUCAGUCCCAUCAAGAAGAGGGAUGAGGGUCAGGUGUAACUUCAGUUGGAAUACAGGCAAGAGUGGGACAUACCUUGGCAUCUUUUUUGCUCCAUAUUUUGCACUUUAAUUUUAAUAGGAUGUUACUCAGGCUUUUCUUGAUACUUCUACGACAUGUUUAGAAUUGUAUUGAUGCCUUAAAAUUGUAAUUUACUCAAUUGUUUUUAACAUUGAUUAUUAAAAAUAUAUUACCGUAGGUUUGUAUAUCACAAAAAUGUAAAUUACUCAAUGACUUGUAAUUUACAAACUCUGUUUAUUUUUUAACUUCCUAUUAAUACUGUUUUCAGUUACCAUUUGCAAAGCAACUAUUUCAUUUGUCUUUUUGGCUGUCUGUACAGGUUCUGCACAUGUAAAAUUAUAUUACUCGCAACUAUGGUAGUCUGCGCCGUGUAGCUCCACUGGAAUUUAAUUUAGUCUCUUCUGCUACAACAUCUUCUAAAAUGACUUUUGUGGCUAGACACCCAUGUUUAUUUUCUUACUUUUGCAAAGCAAUAUAUUAUACAAAUAGCUUUCAUAUAUUUACAAGAAGUGCCUACUUGAUACUAAAACGUAUAUCUUAAGAAGUCCAUCAAGCGUAAACGUUGUAAAGUACUAAUCAGAAGUUUCUUUUUCAUAUAAACUUUACCAUCUUGUAUAUUCACUGCAAUUCCUCUGUAUAUGGUGUUGAUCUGAAUAUGAAUAUAAUCAGUUAUUUUAUAGUGCCUUCAGUAAAUAAAUCCAUUUAUAAGUUUUUAUUUUGAUGUGCUGCAAGGCGUUAAAUAUGAUUUUUUCCAUUGCUGAAUAAUGUUAAAAUGAAAUAAAAGAUUUAGAUAUCUUCAGACACACUGUGGUCUAAUCUUGGCAGAGUUGGUUAAAAUUUGAAUUGAAGAAUGGGCAAAACAUUCCAUAAUUUAAAUGUUCAAAGCUGACACAAGUAUACCCAAGAAUACUCACAGCUGGUAUAGCUGCAUUAGACUGUACAAAGUGCUGAAUCUGGGUUAAUACUUUCAUAAAUGAAAAAUGUAAGAUGUUCCUUCUGGAGAAAUUACUGUUUUAAAAAUAAAAAAAUGAUUUGUAAA